UUGGCUGUGUUAGAUACAGCUGCAUCUUCACAUGCAGCUACAGCAAAACUCAAUGAAUGACAGACAAGUAUAGCAGUGAACCUGCCUGCAGCCUUUCUGCACGGCACAACCCUUGGAUGAUUUCUUUCAUAGAAACAUCUGACAGAUGAUUCGCUCUUUUUAUUUUAAAUAUCUUACAGCUUAGUAAGAUUUCCACCAUGGUGCUCGGAAAGGUGAAAAACUUAUUUGUCAGCUACGACUGUCCCAAUGACAGCAGUGUCCCUGUCUUCGCCAGUGGGGACUUUGUCUCGGGUCGGGUGGUCGUCGAAGUGACCGGAGAAAUCCGCGUGAAAUCUCUGAACAUUCACGCCAAGGGUCUGGCGAAAGUUCGCUGGACCGAAUCUCGCAAUGCUGGGUCCAACACUGCCUACACACAGAAUUUCACUGAAGAAGUGGAGUAUUUAAACCACAGAGACGUCCUUAUUGGACAUGAUAGAGAUGAUGAAAGCUGUGUCGAGGGCUUCACCGUUCUUCACUCAGGGCGACACGAGUUUCUCUUCAGCCUUGAACUGCCCCAGACGCCUUUGGCGACAUCCUUUGAAGGCAAACACGGCAGCGUGCGGUACUGGUUGAAGGCGGAGCUUCAUAGGCCAUGGCUCCUGCCCAUGAAAACCAAGAAGGAGUUCACCGUCUUUGAGCACAUUGACAUCAACACUCCAUUGUUACUGUCUCCUCAGGCUGGCACAAAGGACAAAACCCUUUGCUGCUGGUUCUGCACCUCAGGGCCUGUCUCACUAAGUGCCAAAAUCGAGAGGAAGGGCUACACUCCAGGAGAGUCCAUUCAGAUCUUCGCAGAGAUUGAAAACUGCUCUUCCCGUGUGGUCGUGCCAAAGGCAGCCAUCUACCAAACCCAGACCUUCUUUGCCAAAGGGAAGGUCAAGGAGAUCAAACAACUCGUAGCUAACCUCCGUGGAGAUCCUCUACCCCCUGGCAAGAGCGAGACUUGGGACGGCAAGAUGCUGAAGAUCCCACCCAUUUCGCCUUCCAUUCUGGACUGCAGCAUCAUCCAUGUGGAAUAUUCACUCAUGGUGUAUGUGGACAUCCCUCGAGCUGUCAACUUAACCCUGAACCUGCCCUUGGUGAUCGGCACCAUUCCACUCCACUCCUUCGGCAGUCGCACCUCUUCUGUCAGCAGUCAGUGCAGCAUGGCUAUGAGCUGGUUGGGAUUGCCUGAGAGACCUGAAGCUCCACCAAGCUACUCUGAAAUCAUCACCAAUGAGGAGCGACAGAACAACUUGGAGCUCCCGGCUGUGAGAGAUGAGAUUGAAGGACCACUUUAUGCUUACAUCCAUGAGUUCCGCUUCCAACCUCCGCCUCUGUAUUCUGAGGUUGAUCCCCAUCCUGAGCAGGUAUGCGGCUCCAUGGACAGGAGACCAGAUACCUGUCCAUCCCGCUGAAGGAGUGACAACACCUGACCAGUGCUGUCAGGGAUCUCUUAUCUCUACAACCUCAACUGGGGUUUGUUCUUCCUUCAUGAGGAGGCAUGAGUAGCCAUCUUGGUGCGCAGAUGGAUAUCCUCCAGGAAACACUCCCAAUCUGAGUCGAGUCCAGCUCAGCGGCCCCUAAAAUCCGCUGAAGAUCUUGAGUGAUUCCCCUCCCACUCCAUCCUUGGUGAAAAGAGUACAUACAAGAUUUGUUUGGAGGAAACUGUGCCCUUGACACCAAGAUGGAUUAAACACAACACCACUAAGUGUGAGAAGAGUGUCCAAACAUCUCCAGCCUUGUUUUGGAUGUGAUUCUUCAUCUAUUUGAAUGAUCAGACCGAGUCAUCUUGAAGAUUUUUUGGUGAUCAUUAUUCUAAGAGCAACAAAUAACUCCAACCAUCCUGCAUCCACUCCAACAGAACAAUGACAGACUUGUCAUUUCUUGACUUAAAAGAAGUGGCUUUACCACAUUGAUUUUCUUGAAACGUUUUAAGAACGUUGUAAACUGUAGAUGUGGAUACAACAAGACCUGCUGCAAAGCAUUAUGGAUGGGAUUCUGACAUGCCACGUUGCCUUUCUGAUAGAACGAAACUUCGAGAGCAUCAAACUAAACAUGGCACUGAUUCAAGUGGCGAAAGAAAAGAUACCAUUGAUGGCGAACGAAGAGGACGCUCAUCGAGGAGCAAGACGUUCUCCACAACACAUUUAGAGCCUCGUACUAUAUGUGCAAAAUAAGAGCUAACUAGACUCUUUCUUUUUCCCUACUCUUCUGACUGUGGUCUGUUGGUGUAGGCCUUUUUUUUAAUAGCACUUUUCAUCGAUUGCAUUCAAAGUGUAUACCGAAGUAGGGUUGCAAAGGGGUGGAACAUUUCCAGAAACUUUCCAAAAAUCCCUAGAAUAUUCCAAAAAAU